UCACACGAGUAGCUGCAGAAAACGUUAUCCGAAUAUCGACGAAAGCCAGAUAUAAGGGAAUUUUAAACGACUCGAGCCAUUAAAGCAGAGUUUUUCUUUUUAUUUUAACUUUUAAUAAUUUACCUACACUAUCCGCGUUGGCUUGUUUCUCUCAAGGCCUCUGUAUGUACCGCGGUAAACUGAGGUGAAGCCAUGGACUUGUCUUGAGCCGCGCUGUCAAAGUCGGAAGAAAACGGUUGUUUGCAGACCUUUGGUGUUCAGUCGGUGAAACAACAUCGUCUUUGGACCUUUCGCAAGACCCGCGGGGCCACGUGACGCCCGCCAGGCUCGCUUCCUGUUGUUGCGCGGCGCUGUCCCAACGUUCACCUGCUGUCGCCACUCCAGCGCGGUAAGGCCCCGAUUUCACGAAAGAUGAAAUUUCUCUGGAUCCUGUGCGCGAGUCAUUUGUUCACAGCGGCUUGCCGGGUGUCCCGAGGCGGGAAACCUCCAAACUUUGUCUUCUUUGUGAUCGAUGACCUAGGGAUCGGAGAUCUGGGAUGCUUUGGGAAUACAACCAUGAGGACACCCGCUAUGGACAAACUGGCCGCGGAGGGUGUGAAACUCACCCAGCACAUUGCGGCCGCACCCCUGUGCACCCCCAGCAGAGCGGCGUUUCUCACCGGUCGAUACCCUAUCAGGUCAGGCAUGGCGGGCCGCACCAUACUGGGUGUGUUCAUCAUCGCAGCUUCAUCUGGGGGUCUCCCUACCGAGGAGGUCACCUUCGCUAAACUUGCCAAGCAGCACGGCUACUCCACGGCGCUGAUAGGCAAGUGGCAUCUGGGUUUGAACUGCGAGCGCAACGACGACCUGUGCCACCACCCGCACAGCCACGGCUUCGACCACUUCUACGGCAUCCCCAUCACCCACCUCCGCGACUGCCUGCCGGGCCACGGCACCAUUUUCAUCAACAUCUUCGUUCACUUGCCCUACGGACACCUGUGGAUCUGGGUGGCCACGGCGCUCGUCCUGCACGCCCUCGGCGUAAUCGCCGUCUCGCGGAAGGCGGUCCUCGCAGCGGCGUUCCUCGCGGUCGUGCUCCUGGCUUGCUUGCUGCUCUUUGUGCUCACCUUCCCUGACCUCAACUGCUUCCUCAUGAGAAACGGAGAGGUAGUCGAGCAGCCGUACACCUCUGAGAACCUCACUCAGAAGAUGACCCGUGAAGCAGUGCAGUUCCUAGAAAGGAAUGCCGGGCGGCCCUUCCUGCUCUUCUUCUCCUUCAUUCAGGUACACACUGCCCUGUUUGCGUCACCUGCGUUCAAGGGGAGGAGCAAACAUGGUCUCUAUGGGGAUGCUGUGGAGGAAGUGGACUGGAGUGUAGGAAAAAUAAUAGAGACGCUGGACCGGCUGAAGCUCAGUGACGACACCUUGGUGUACGUGACAUCUGACAACGGGCCUCACCUGGAGGAGGUCUCUGAUGGCGAGAUGUAUGGGGGCUUCAGCGGCAUCUACAGAGCGGGGAAGUCGACCAACUGGGAGGGAGGGAUUCGGGUUCCAGCAAUCGCGAGGUGGCCGGGGGUGAUACCGGCCAACAAGCAGAUCGAUGAACCCACGAGCAACAUGGACCUUUUCCCCACAGUGGUGAAGCUGGUUGGAGCGGCCACUCCUGAAGACAGGGAGAUUGAUGGACGUGACCUCAUGCCUCUCCUGCUGGGUCAGGUGGAGCGCUCUGAGCACGAGUUCAUGUUCCACUACUGCAAUGCACAUCUGAACGCCGUGCGGUGGCACCCCGCAAACAGCACUUCGAUAUGGAAGAUGUUCUUCUUCACCCCAAAUUUUUACCCUGAGAACUCUACUGGCUGCUUCCACACACACAUCUGCUUCUGCACCAAGGAGUAUGUGACGUACCACGACCCCCCCCUGCUCUUUGACCUCUCCAAGGACCCAUCUGAGAGCAACCCUCUCAACCCCGAGAACGAGCCGCUUUACAAGGAUGUGUUGCGUUCGAUCCGUGAGGCGGUAGCUCGUCACUCCCUGACUUUGACGAAUGUCCCCAACCAGCUGUCUCUGGUCAACGUGGUUUGGAACCCAUGGCUCCAGCCUUGCUGCUCCUCUCCGUUUCAGCUUUGCCGGUGUGAGAAGGACCAAAUGUAGAACCAGCUCUUUGAAACCAGGGUUCUGGCUCCAGAUAAAACCUCAUCUUAAGGGGCUUCCUUAGAAUAUGGUCGACUGUCUUGUGAAUGUUACACACGCCACAUAUAUUCCAUACUUCCUGAAAAGACGGAACGUGAAACACCCAGUGAUUAUGUGCUUUCGGAUUAAUCGUCUUUAACUGUGAUUGAAUCAGAAUUGUGCGCGCUCUCUCAAAAUGUGUGCUAUUUGAUCGAUGGGUAACAAACCAAAGUGAGGUGAACGUCAGCUUACCUCCACAAGUCAGGUAUCCUGGCAUGGAUACAACUAUAGAACCCAAAAAAGGUCUUUCACGUUGUACAUUUAUUUAUUUAGCAGAUGCUUUUCUCCAGAGCAACUUCCAAUGUACUCUGUAGUGUUA